AUGACUUCACUUUCGUUGCUCGUUGAGACGUUUCUAAAAUCACGACCUUUGGGCAAUGGCUUACAAGGGCGCCGGAAAAUUGCUCAGUUGUUACUCAGAAAUGGCGCGAAUGGAUAUAUAUGGGCUAAGAAUAUACAUGUGCAUUACAACAAUCUCGAUGCAAGAGGCUUUUCAUUUACAACGGGUCACGAAGAUGUCAUUCGUGUUCUUGUCAAUCACGGUUUUUUCAAUAAGAAGAUACGAAGAGCACAAGGCUAG